AUGACAGCUCUACAAGUUCAAAGCUGGAGAUCAUCAAUGCAGCCUACAGACCGAGCACGAUCCCUUCCAUUAAAAUCCCGCAGCUAUAAUCCUAAAUUUCCUUCACGAACUCUAGCUGAAGAUAACAUGGAAGGCCAUUUUUCAUCACGAAACAAAGCAGAGUUAUUUCCUCAUGAAAUAACAAAACCUCAAAGAAUUGAACUUCCUGUUUAUUUUAACACCCCACGACGAUUUUCUUUUUCAAGACCAAAAUCUCCUCCUAAGCCUGCUAAUGUGAAUAAUUCGUUUAAAAAUCCGAACCAAAGUUUUCAAAAUAACCUUGAUUUAGAAAAGAAAACGACAGUUAUGAAAAGACUGAAAGAUUAUAAUAUGCUAGCUUUUGCAUGUAAAAGGGCUGGGAAAACGAGAGAUGAAGGAAGGGCGUAUUAUAGUAUUGGAGUUUUAUAUGAUAAUUUAGGACAAUUGAAAAAAGCUAUAUCUGCAUAUACACAAUUUUUAAAUGUGUGUCAGUCAAUUGGAGAUGUACAUGGAGAAGCAUUAGCCAAUAACUGUAUAGGAGUAGACUACACAAAAAUGGCUGAAGCUGAACCUAACAAUAAUGAGCUCUGGCAAGAAGCAAUUAAUUACCAUAUGAAACACAAAGAAAUUGCUGAUGUCCCUGGCAAGUUUUUAGCACAUAUAAAUCUUGGGUUAAUUUAUAACAAGCUAGGAGAUAAUGAAAGAGCAGCAAUAAACCAUCAAUUUGCCCUGAGAUAUGCUAUCCAGAUGUCCAGUGUAGCUGGACAAAGUGUAGCAAUUGGAAAUCUAGGACAAAUUGGGAAUAAUAAAAUUGUUGGGGAUAAUGAAAAACUUAAAAUGUUUGCAGAACGAUAUUUAGCCUUAAGCCAUGAGCUUAAAAAUAGGAAAGGGGAAAGUGGGGCUUAUCAACAGCUUGGAAAUAUCAGUUUCAGUAUUGGAGAUUAUGAUUCCAGCACAAAGAACUAUUAUCGAGCAAUGAAGAUUGCUGAAGAAAUUGGAGAUAAAGAGCUUAUAGAUGUCGCAAAAUGCAAUUUUGGAGCUGCUAAUGGCAAUCUGAAGAUGGAGGAACAUAUGAAAAACAUCCUCCAAAAAGUGAGUCAAGCUAAAGCUAAAAUCUAUAAUAAUUAAAAAUGAAAUAGGAUUUAUUUUUAUUAAUAAAUAAUAGGAUUAAAAUGGUAAUAAAUGGCAUAA